CGCGCAUGCGUGCGCGCUGCCUGCCUGCCCGGCCGCCGCGGAGAAGAUGGCGGCGCGCUGAGAGGUUGCUUCGCCUCACGCCCCGCGACCAUGAGGAACCUGCGGCUGCUGCGAGCCGUCGGGCGCCGGCCCGGCCCCGCCGCCCCCGGCACCCCGCAGUGCUUCUGCCUCGGCGCCGAGCCCGGCACGGUCCUCGUGGGCUCCCAGCACGGCCUCCUGGAGCUGGGCCCCGCCGCCCACACGGUGACCAGAGAAGUUUCCUUGAUUGAGGAGGGUUUUAUGCCAGAGGAUGGAAGUGGCUGUAUUGUGGGCCUCGAAGAUCUUCCAGAGCAGGAGUGUGUGUGUGUUGCUACAGCAGCUGGAGACAUCCUACUGUGCAAUCUCAGCACAAAGGAGGUGGAAUGUGUUGGCACUGUGGACAGCGGUCUGAGCACCAUGAGCUGGAGCCCUGAUCAAGAGCUUGUUCUGCUUGUAACAGGUCAGCAAACACUCAUUAUGAUGACAAGAGAUUUUGAACCCCUUACGGAAAAGCAAAUUCACCAAGAUGAUUUUGGGGAAGAAAAGUUUGUUGCUCUUGGCUGGGGUAAAAAGGAGACACAGUUCCAUGGGUCAGAGGGAAAACAGGCAGCUCAUCGCAAGCAAACGGAAGUGUCACCUACUUCAGCCUGGGAUGAUGGCAGGCCUCGAGUGACUUGGAGAGGAGACGGGCAGUUCGUUGCAGUGAGUGCUGUCUGUCCAGAGACAGGUGCUCGCAAGAUCCGAGUAUGGAACAGAGAGCUUGUGCUGCAGUCAACAAGUGAACCUAUCUCAGGAUUAGAACAAGCGCUGGCCUGGAAGCCCUCUGGAAGCUUGAUAGCAUCCACACAAGAAAAACCCAACAGACAUGAUGUUGUUUUCUUGGAAAAGAAUGGACUUCUUCAUGGAGAGUUCACCCUCCCUUUCAAGAAAGGUCAGGUCAAGGUUAAUGAACUACUCUGGAAUGCAGAUUCUACGAUCCUGGCUAUAUGGCUGGAAGACCUUAAGAAGGAUGAGAACUGCAACCCAAACAGUUAUGUUCAGCUGUGGACCACGGGAAACUAUCACUGGUACCUGAAACAAAGUCUGCAUUUUGGCAACUUGGAGAGAAACCAGUUGGUAUCGCUGCUGUGGGACCCAAUGAUCCCAUAUAGACUGCAUGUCCUCUGCCAGGGUUGGCACUAUCUCUCCUAUGACUGGCAUUGGACCACCAACCGUGGGAUGGGGGAGAAUAGCCAGCAUGUGGCAAACGUGGCUGUCAUAGAUGGAGACAAAGUGCUUGUCACAGCAUUCCAGCAUGCUGUGGUGCCCCCACCCAUGUGUACCUAUCAGCUCCAGUUCACACAGGCGGUGAAUCAGAUUGCGUUUCACACAGAUCCCAAGCACAGUGGAGACAUGGCUGUCCUGGAUGCUGAUAACAGAAUCUCUGUAUAUAGAUAUGGACAGAGCACAGUGAAGGACUCCACUGUCAGGUUAGGAGCUGUAGGUGGAAAUGGAUUUAAAGCAGCUGUGGAAACACCAUACCUGGAUAAAACUUACAGAGUUGAUCUGGGCAGCAACACCAAUGAGUUGAUGAAUCCCCUGGGGCUCCGAUUUCUCACCUGGCUACCAGACGACAGCUUUCUGGUGGUUGGUCAAGAUCAGCAUGCUACUCAGUCUGUCCUUCACCAUCUGACUGCAGCGCCUCACAUGGCUGGAGCUGAAGAGCAGUGCCUGGGUUUACGGUUGUCUGUGUCAGUAGAUGGAGAAGUGAUCAGCCUGUGCUGCAGCCCAGUGACCAAAACUGUAGCUCUGCAGCUGACUGAUGGGCGGAUCCUGAAGUACCUCUGGGAGGCUUCUACUCCUGUCCUUGAGCCCUGGCAGACCAGCAGUGGCUCUGCUGUUUGCUUCCCUCACCCUUGUGUGCAGACUUCCCUCACAAGAAUCAGUGGAGAAGAGGUGAUCUUAGGCCUUACAGAUCGAUGCCGAUUUUUUGUUAAUGAUACUGAGGUAGCUUCCAAUAUCACCUCGUUCGCAACAUACAAUGAGUUUUUGCUGGUGACAACCAACUCCCACACCUGUCAGUGCUUCUGCUUGAAGGACAUAUCAGUGAAAGCCCUUCAGACUGGCCUGAGCAGUGCUGCUGUGCCCAACAAUGAGACUGUGCGCAACGUGGAGCGAGGCUCUCGUAUCAUCACUGUUGUGCCUCAGGACACCAAGGUCGUUCUGCAGAUGCCAAGAGGGAAUCUGGAGACUGUUCACCACCGAGCUCUAGUUCUUGCCCAAAUUCGGAAGUGGCUGAACAGGCUUAUGUUCAGGGAAGCAUUUCAGUGUAUGAGGAAGCUGAGAAUCAACCUCAAUCUUCUGUAUGAUCACAAUCCCAAGGUAUUUCUGGAAAAUGUAGAAACCUUUAUCAGGCAAAUAGAUUCUGUGAAUUACAUCAACUUGUUUUUCACUGAACUGAAAGAAGAAGAUUUCACAAAGAGCAUGUACCCGUCUCUGAAUGGUAGCAGUAAUGCUCAGCCACAGCAGCAUCCUGAUCAAAAAAAAGUAAACCUCAUAUGUGAUGUGAUGAGAGUUGCCAUGGAACGCAUUGACCCUCAGAAAUACUGCUUAUCGAUACUGACAGCCCAUGUAAAGAAAAGUCCUCCAGAACUGGAAACUGCACUCCAGAAAGUUCAUGAUCUUCGAGAGAAUAUUUCUCCAGAUGUCACAGCUGUGAGUGCAGAGGAAGCACUUAAAUACCUGCUUUUCCUUGUGGAUGUCAAUGAAUUGUAUGAUUAUUCCCUGGGGACAUACGAUUUUGAUUUAGUCAUCAUGGUGGCAGAAAAGUCACAAAAGGAUCCAAAAGAGUACUUACCUUUCUUAAAUACCCUCCGGAAAAUGGAAACCAAUUAUCAGCGAUACACGAUAGACAGACACUUGAAGAGAUACACAAAAGCUCUUGGGCACCUUAGUAAAUGUGGUCCUGAGCACUUCUCUGAAUUUCUGAACUUGGUGAAGGAUCAGAAUCAAUAUUAUGAAGCCUUGAAGCUGUAUCCGCCUAGCACCCAGGAGUACAAGCAUAUCAGCGAUGCCUAUGGGGAUUACUUGAAUCAGAAGCAGCUACACGAACAGGCUGCAUUGAUAUUUGCUCGUGCUGGCAUCUUUGCAAAAGCGCUUGACUCCUUCCUGAGCAGUGGCAACUGGCAGCAAGCCCUUUGCAUGGCCUCACGGCUUGGUUACACAGAAGAUAAGCUGUCCAGCCUGGCACGGAGCAUGGCAGGAAAACUAGUUGAACAGAGGAAGCAUGCAGAGGCAGCCGUACUCCUGGAGCAGUACACUCAGGACUAUGAAGAGGCUGUUCUCCUGCUCUUAGAAGGGGCUCUCUGGGAAGAGGCUUUGAGACUGAUUCACAAGUAUGGUAGAUUGGAUAUCUUGGAAACCAACUUCAAACCUGCUAUCCAAGAAGCUCAGAAAAGUCAGCUGGUGUUCCUAGAUUCUCAGAAAACAGCAUUCCUGCGUCAUAAGAGUCGACUGCAAGUGGUCCGAGAGCUGAAAGAGAAGGGCUGUGGGGGCCUGCAGGAUUAUGAAAUGCCAAGUUGUCCAGAAUUGGAUCUUAUCUCUGAAACCAGCAGUGUUGUGACAGCCAGUGACAUGAACAGCAAAUAUUCACACAGCAAUUCAAGAAUAUCAGCGCGAUCCUCAAAAAACCGGCGCAAGGCUGAGCGCAAGAGGUACAGCUUGAAGGAAGGGAGCCCUUUUGAAGACGUGGCCCUUCUGGAAGCCCUGGGAGAAAAUGUCCGUGCUGUUGAGACUGUAAAGGGAGACAUACACGUCCUUCUGAAGCAGCUUGUGCUGUUUGGUUAUGAUGAGCAAGCUGGGGAACUGCAGCGAGUCCUUGAAGAGGUUUUGCACCUGAUGGAGACCUCGCUCCCAGAAAUCUGGAGUCCAGAGCUGCAGCAGAGCUCUCUCAACCCGGUUCUGGGACCCAAUUCAACUGCAAACAGCAUUAUGGCUGCCUAUCAGCAGAAGAGGAUGGUGGCUCCUGUUGUACAAGAUCCAGAAUUACUCAUUCCACCAAAACUCAAUAAAAAUCUCCAGUGGAAGCUGCAUCUUCUCCAGUAAUUAAAAGCCAAGGAUUCCUAGUGGACUCUGAACUAUAGGUUUUCAUUUAAUUUCAUUACAUCUUUACAGAAA